AUGCCCACGCAGGCCCGCCCGCGGCAGCAGAGGGCAGGAGAGCCCGUAAAGCGCCGCACCACACCUGAAUUCGCUGGUCGCGCUGGCAAGACCAGGACCAAGGGGGUGCCUAGAACACAGCCGGCCCCGCGUCUGGCAGCGGCCUCGGGCCGGCGCAUCGGGGAUACUCCCGAGACGCCCGCGCUGCUGUUCCAGGCAGCGGCACCGUGGGCUGGUCCUACGGGGAUGCCCGCACCUACACCAGCCCCGGAUUCCAACGAAGGAGCCGGGACGUCCUGGCGAGCCCCGGCCGCACCUGUCCCCAGGACCGCCCAGGCGUUUCAGGUCGCCGCCGCAGCCAGGGGGCUUAGCACACGGGGCGGGCGGGGGGGGGUGCGGCGAGCAUCUGCCCGGUGCACCUCGGAGCCCUGUGAAGGUCGCGGGCCUCAGCGCCUUGAGCCGCACGGCCGCGGCACCUCCCGGCAGCGGGUCUCAGCCGGGCCCCGCGGCUCUGCAGGCGGCCGCACGUGCGUCCGGGCCGGGCCCCGACAGCCCCCCCAGCAGCAAGCCCCGUCGGGCGCUGCGGGUCCCCGGAGCUCGGAACCGGCCCCGGCGCGGGCGCACCAGGCUCGCGUCUCCCUCCUUCCGCGGCAGAGGACGCGGGUGGCGGCGCCCGCGGCCGACGGAGGACUCCGGCGCCGUCUUGAGCGGAACUCGCGGGCGACCCUGACCCCGGGGCCCACCUCAAGCUCCUCGCUGAGGAGCCAGAUUCGCAGCCCGACACCUGGCCCCGAGCUGCGGCGUCGCACCGGCCCUGCGCGGCGGCGAAGAGGGGCCCGAAGGCCUCGGUCCGUCCGCGGAGACGCGCGUGGGGCCGCCAAGUCUGCACGUGGCCCCGCACCGGCGGCCCCACCUCGGGGACGCGGAGGCCCAGGAGGAGGCCGGCCGGGAGCGCGGCGCAGGGGGACGCGGCCGCGAGGCCGGGGGCAGCGGACGGACAGCACCGGCGGGGUCCGGCGCCCACCGCCCGGGACGCAGAGGGGCCACGGGGGCGCGCCGCCCCGGGACGCCGCACGCCGGGCCGUCCACCCCGAGACGACCGGCUGCGACACAAUGGGGCCGGCGUGCGCCCCGCGCCCCCACCCCGAGGCCGAGCCGCCCUCCGACCGCCUCCCCGCCCCCAGCACCGAGCGUCCCGCGACGUGCCCCGCCGGGCGGCCGCGCACUCGCAUCCGCUUCCGGACCGCCGCCCCCCGCGGCCUCCCGACGCCGGCAGGCGCGGCCCGCGGCGGCACCGGAGCUCCGGGGGGGCUCUCCGGCCACGCCCGCGACCUGGGAAGCGGAGCCUCGGCGUCUACGCCGGCCGGACCCCGAACUCGGCGGGAGGAGCCGUUUCCCUCCCCCGCGGCCCCGCCUCCCGCCUCCCGGGCCUCGGGGCCGCCGGGAGCGGGCAGCCCCCCGCGCGCCCCUGCCCCCGCCGGGCCUCUCCUCCGCGCCCUCCGCCCGCCCCGGGCCGCCGCCAUCUUCUCUCCUCGGCGGGAGCGCAGCGCGGACUCGCGCGGCCGCCGCGGCUCUCGGCCGGCCGGGCCCCCGCCCCGCGGCCGCCGCCCCCCGCCCGCCCCCGAGGGCGGCCCCCCGGCGGCCGCCCCCUCCCCUGCCCGGCGGCCGGGACGCCGCCACUCACCGCGGGUCGCAGGCCUCUGGAGUCCCGCAGCCAUUUCCUCGGAGCUCCGCGGAGUGGGCGGGCGGGCGGGGUCGGCGCCGGUCACCGAGACUCGGGGCUAG